CCCGCCAUCUUUGCAACCGGCUUUCCAAGAGACGAACACGUUGCUCGAAAAAAGAAGUUUCUGUCCUGCUUAUUUUUGAGUGGAAACGUCGUUGACCGGUUGUUCUCUUCCCCCGCGGAGGAGCGAAGCCGGAGAGCGCUCCUCAGGUGCUACUGCCCGUCGCCCUCCCCACCACCAUGGCAGAGAAAAACACCAGGAUCGCCAUUGUCAACCAGGACAAAUGCAAACCCAAGAAAUGUCGCCAGGAGUGUAAGAAGAGCUGCCCAGUGACCCGCAUGGGUAAGCUGUGUAUCGAGGUGACGCCACAGAGUAAGAUCGUUUGGAUCUCGGAGUCUCUGUGUAUCGGCUGUGGAAUCUGUAUCAAGAAAUGUCCUUUUGGAGCAUUGUCAAUCGUCAACCUGCCCAGCAACCUGGAGAAGGAAACCACCCACAGAUACUGUGCCAACUCCUUCAAACUGCACCGGCUGCCUAUCCCCAGACCUGGUGAGGUCCUGGGACUUGUAGGGACCAACGGUAUUGGAAAAUCCACAGCGCUGAAGAUCCUGGCAGGAAAACAGAAACCUAACCUGGGGAAAUAUGAUAAUCCUCCAGACUGGCAGGAGAUCCUGACGUACUUCCGAGGGUCAGAGCUUCAGAACUACUUCACCAAAAUUCUGGAGGACGACUUGCGGGCCAUCGUCAAACCACAGUACGUGGACCAGAUCCCAAAGACCGUCAAGGGGUCAGUGGGGGCCAUCCUGAGCAGGAAAGACGACACAGACACGCAGAAGUUGGUCUGUGAACAGCUGGAUCUGAGUCAUCUGCGGGAGAGGAACGUGGAGGAUUUGUCUGGUGGUGAGCUGCAGAGAUUCGCCUGCGCCGUGGUCUGCAUCCAGAGGGCUGACAUCUUCAUGUUUGAUGAACCGUCCAGUUACCUGGACGUGAAGCAGAGACUGAAUGCUGCCAUCACCAUCCGCUCCCUCAUCACCCCAGACAGGUACAUCAUUGUGGUGGAGCACGACCUGAGUGUGUUGGAUUACCUCUCCGACUUCAUCUGCUGUCUGUACGGUGUGCCAAGUGCCUACGGUGUGGUCACUAUGCCGUUCAGCGUCCGAGAAGGUAUCAACAUCUUCCUGGAUGGUUAUGUCCCCACCGAGAACCUCAGGUUCCGUGAGACGUCGCUGGUGUUCAAAGUGGCAGAGACGGCAAAUGAGGAGGAGGUGAAGAGACUGAGACACUACCAGUACCCUGACAUGUGCAAGAUGAUGGGCGAGUUCACACUGGAGAUCAGGGGUGGAGAAUUCACAGACUCUGAGAUCAUGGUGAUGCUGGGAGAGAACGGAACGGGAAAGACCACCUUCAUCAGGAUGUUGGCUGGAGGACUCAUGCCUGAUGGAGGAGGUGAGGUUCCCGUCCUGAACGUCAGCUACAAACCUCAGACCAUCAGCCCCAAGUUUAAGGGCAGCGUCAGAUCUCUGCUGCACAAGAAGAUCAGAGACGCCUACACCCACCCACAGUUCAUCACCGACGUCAUGAAGCCAAUGCAGAUCGAGAGCAUCAUCGACCAAGAUGUGCAAAACUUGUCUGGAGGUGAGUUGCAGCGAGUGGCUCUCACCCUGUGCCUGGGUAAACCAGCCGACGUUUACCUGAUUGACGAGCCCUCGGCGUACCUGGACUCCGAGCAGAGAUUGAUGGCGGCUAGGGUCAUCAAAAGAUACAUCCUUCACGCGAAGAAGACGGCAUUUGUGGUGGAGCAUGACUUCAUCAUGGCCACAUAUCUGGCUGACAGGGUCAUCGUGUUUGAUGGAAUUCCCUCUAAAAAGACUGCCGCCAACACGCCGCAGAGUCUGCUGGCAGGAAUGAGCCGCUUCCUAUCUCUGUUGGAGAUCACGUUCAGACGGGACCCCAACAACUUCAGGCCACGAAUCAACAAGCUCCACUCCAUCAAGGACACUGAACAGAAGAAGAGUGGAAAUUACUUCUUCCUGGAUGAUUAAAUCAACCCCCGGUGCAUCUGACCAACCAACUGACCGACCGACCGAUUGAUCGAUCAUUGUUUAAAACCAUAAACAAAGUGUCAAAAUCACCCACAAACAUGUCAUCUCUGAAACAAGUCAACAUUCAGUCUGGACAAGUUCCAGUCCUGACUCCACAUCAGUUUCUGUCUGCUAGUGUUUUUUCAGGGACUCUUGUGUCAGAUGCUGUAACAGGAGCAAAGAAGGACAGCACCCCUAGAGGCAAUUAUGGUGUAUGACUAAAAGGCACAUUUACAUGCAACUUGUGACAAUAAGUGAGAUAUAUCAGAAAACUAAACUUAAUAAAAUGUCAGUACUUUAUAAACAACCUUUCGAAAUGUCA